GUAGUUUCAUUUGAAUCAAACACACACACAUGAACAAGAAUGUCUCUUAUUUUGUAUAAACCCACCUGCAGCCUCUUACCACUUGUUACUUUUAUAAUUCUUAUUAACCAUGUUUACAUCGGAUAUUCGUCUCUAAACGACCCCUUAACCCCUAGCCGAACCCAUGAUCACGAAUUCCAUGUACGAAAGCUUCGACAAUUCAAGCAAUCCCUUGCUCAAACGAAACAUCUGUCGAGAGCCCGUAUGUAUAGUGUGAGCUCGUAUGGCGCUGACCCGACAGGGAAAACCGAUAGCACGGAUGCAAUUUUGAAUGCUAUUGCGGAUGUUGUGGAAGAAGAACGUAACGGGAUAUUGAUGGAGGGGAUUGGCAACCAUGGUGGGGUACAAAUAAAUCUUGAAGGUGGCAUUUACAUGAUUAGCCGGCCGGUGAAGUUUCCUGUGGCCGGAGUUGGUAACAUUGUGAUAUCAGGUGGAACACUAAGAGCAUCUGAUAACUUUACAACAAAUGGUUAUCUCAUAGAUUUAUCAACAUCUUCAUCUUCAACAAAAUCAAAUUACAACUACGAGUACAUAACACUUCGAGAUAUAAUGUUGGAUUGCAAUUAUCGUGGGGGAGGGAUUCGAGCAGUAAACUCUCUAAGAACAGGCAUUGACAAUUGCUACAUCACACAUUUUACCACAACCGGCAUUAUGGUAAAAGGUGGGCAUGAGACCUAUAUUCGUAAUUCCUUCCUUGGCCAACAUAUCACCGCGGGUGGUGAUGCUCACGAAAGAAAUUUCACUGGCACAGCCAUUAAUUUAGCCGGAAAUGACAAUGCAGUCACUGACGUUGUCAUUUUCUCGGCCUCUAUUGGAAUCAUGAUAUCUGGCCAAGCCAAUGUUAUCACCGGGGUACAUUGCUAUAAUAAGGCCACAGGUUUUGGUGGUACUGGAAUAUAUCUUAAGUUACCGAGUCUAACACAAACUAGAAUUGUCAACUCUUAUUUUGAUUAUACCGGUAUUGUCUCUGAAGACCCAGUGCAACUUCAUAUUUCCGGUUGUUUCUUCCUUGGAGAUGCGUUUAUCGUCUUGAAGUCAAUUCGUGGCAUUGUUAAUGGAAUAAACAUAGUAGACAAUAUGUUUUCGGGAUCAAAUCGUGGGAUCGAUAUAGUUCAACUAGAUCAAAGGAAUGGAGCUUUCAACAAUAUCGAUCAAGUUGUUGUUAAUAAUAAUAACGUAAAUGGGAUGAAUUUGAAGGCAACUAUGGCUAAAGGUUCCACACAAGGUAAAAGUAACUCAUGGACAGUAGAUUUUAACAAAAUACUUUUAUUUCCAAGACACAUAAAAUUUGUGCAAUAUUCAUUGAUGACAAGUGAAAGUAAUGUGUUUCCAAACUAUGUUUUACGAAAUAUUUCAAACAAUAAGGUAUUUAUCGAAUCAAAUGUUGUAGUUGAAGCUAGAAUUUCUGUAACAGUGGAUCAAGGAUUGUCAAAGUUAAGCUAGAUUAGUUAAGAGAUUAUAUAUGUCCCAAAUUAUAAUUAAAGGGGUAUAUGCAAAUGAUCAUAGACUUUAUUCUUUGUAACUUUCAGUUCAUACUAUAUAUACAUUUAUUAUUGAUUCAAA